UGGUCCGAGUUGCUACAUAGGGCCGCAGUCAUACGGGGAGGCGACAGGGUGGUGUGGAGAAGGGGCUAUGUAGCAGGACAAAGAGUGGUCAUGCGGGAAGCCUCAAAGACUUCUGGCCGAAGGUAUGGCCUCUUUUUGUCCAAUUUUUCGCUCGAGAUGGAAUCUUCUGGUGUCUGCGAUCUCACGGCUGUGAGCGAGGCGUUCGCCUCAAGAAGACCUGUCUUAAGCUUUCCGAAGACGAAGGAUGCCAUGGCCGCACAGUCAAUGCCCAAUGCUGGGACCUCGCUUGAGUCAGGCUUUCCACUAGAACAUGCCGAUCUGACCAGACCAUAA